GGCUCUUAUCUGUCUGUGGUCUGGACUCUGGACAGAAUUAGCGCCUGCGCACAUCGUAGUUUGUCUGCGUGUCAUGUUGAUGAAUGCUGAAACAGGGUAGUCAACAUGUCCACCGCUGCUGCUCAACGAAACAAUAACGAAGAGCCCGGGCUUCACGGCUCUUGGGUAGAGCUGGAGCUGAAUGGAAACACAGGGGCCCAGGGCGUGCAGACCAACCUGCUAAUGACACCCGCUGCAGACCAAAUAAAUGCAAAUGCUGACAUGAGUCAAGCUCUGCAGACCUUGGAAGUGGUGCCUGAGAGUGAUGAAACCCUGAUUGGAGGACUAGAACAUGUGCCGUCAUCCUCCUCUAUCCACAAUGGAGACAUGGAAAAGAUCCUCCUGGAUGCACAGCAUGAAUCCAGCCCGAGUAGCUCCUCCUGUCAUAGUCCUCACAGGCCACCAAGUCCAGAUCAGGAUGAAGGUCAGAUAACUUUUGAUGUGGAGAUGCCCAGCCCAAGAGGCAGUCAGUCAGAGGAAGAUGGUCCAGAGCAGGACCGAGAGGAAGACAUCCUGCUGAACAAAGAAGUAGACUGGGUCUCUGAUUGGUCCAGCAGACCAGAAAACAUUCCACCAAAGGAGUUCCACUUCAGGCACCCUCGACGUUCAGUAUCUCUCAGUAUGAGGAAGAGUGGAGUCAUGAAGAAAGGUGGCAUCUUCUCUGCUGAAUUCCUCAAAGUCUUCAUCCCUUCCUUACUCAUCUCCCACAUCCUCGCUCUUGGCCUUGGGGUGUACAUUGGGAAGAGAAUUGCCACAGCCUCCACCAGCUCUUACUGAAUAGCAGAUGAAGCAGUGCCUGGAUGUUCUCCUGUCUCCAAGUCUCUCAACCAUCCUCCUGUAGUCAAGCUGUCUCUCUGCAUCUAUUGUGCGCCCACAUUUCUUUUCCAAUCAGCAUUAAAUUCUGUCACAUUGUAGAUGUAGUUAUAGAGUUAUAUAGACAUGACGUAAUGUGUUUGCACUCCAUCACAUUUUGACACAGGGCAACAUUGUACCCAGCAGUUGUCACCAACUUGAAUCCAGUAGAUUACAGUCCCUGUUAGAGCUGGAAUAUAUUAUUCAUCCUGUUCAACUCAAAAAUAUGUGACAAGGAUUUGAUGUCAGGUGGUUUCAUGGUUAAAGUUUCUCCACUUGUUUUGAUGUUAUAUCAUGAUGAAUCUGACCUUCUCCCAAGCUGCAUCUCUCCACUGGUGUAUCAGUAGGCAGAGUGUAUGAACCAAAAAUAUGCGCCAUAUCUGCAAUACAAACAAAUUGAAUUGGCACUGGGAACAGAAAGGACUUUUAUCGCCUUAACCUUUUAGACUAAACAUUCAAGGUGCAGUUAUUUGGGGGGGACAAAUGAUGCUGCACAGUGGGAUUUGUUUUUAAAUUCCACACAUUUUGGAGAAUAGAAGUUGUAUCAUGUUGACUCCUGAGGGUUUCUUUUAAAAGCUUUGUUUUCAUGAAGGUUGGAAAGCUUAAACAUUUAUCUAGUAUGUAGCUCCAAAAUUUUACAGAGGGGUUGUUUGAGUACCUAUGCUAGUGGAACCUAGGCUGGAUGGCAAGUUACCAGGCCAUAUGCUAUUUUCAUUUCUUUUUGCCUACAUAUCUAAUUCUUUAACAUAACAUAGCAGCAAUGGCAAAGUGCCAAAUUUGUAUCUUUCACCACUGCACAUUGGUGAUUUAUCUUAGACCGUUUUUAUUUUAUUUUCAGAUAUGUUUAGAUAUUUAAAGAUGUAGAUGUGAAAAAUAAUUUAAGCUGUGAUCUGCCCCAUGUACAUCUUUUGACAUUGUAUCAUUUGUUUAUACAUUGAUAUUAAUGCCUAUUAUAUAAUUGUUAUUAUAUAGCAUUGUGGCAGUGUAUGUAAUGUGUUUUUCCUGUUGUUUAAUUUGUGAAGCGUCAGUGGCAGAAACCACCAGAGGAAGGUAUUUCCUGGGGCCUCAUUUCAGAGUGUUAUCUGACUUUUAUAUAGAUUACACUGCAAUCAUUUCACACAAUAUAAACAGUAAACAAUGUACUGUGUGUGUGUGUGUGUGUGUGUGUGUGUGUGUGUGUGUGUGUGUGUGUGUGGAACUUCCAGAGUAAGUAGAGGAGCAUUUCCUGAAGAAAAUGCAUGUGAUAUCAGUAUAUUGAUGCUGAUUGGAUGACUGGAGGAUUCUUCUGUCUGUGUCUAUAAAUGGAUGACAUUAUAGAGUCAUGAAAUAUCAUUGACUAUAAUGCACAGUAUUGGCACUCAACAGGCAUUCAGGCUUUAAUGCAUUAUAUAACUUAUACUAACUCAUAAACUACAUGUCAUCAUAACAGGCUUAUGUACAGUUGAUCAGUGUGCAAUACAGAGCAUUUUGGAAUUUGAAUAAAGUUUGUACUGUAUACUGUGGCUGAGAUAUAAAUAGAAAGGUGGAGGAUAGAAAUCCACAGACAUUAAUGCAUUAUUUAAGUCAUAAUAACUAAUAAAAUGCACAUAUCAUCAUUAUGGGCUUACUGAGCAGCAGUGAGCAUUGUAAAAUUUGAAUGGUCUUUGUACUGAAUACUGAGGCUGAGACAAAUACAUUGUUGUCUAUGGAAGUUAAUUUUCUAAAUUCAUGUCCUUCCCUUCUAAUUUAGGUAAGGCUUAAACUCCUCCAUCUUAAUAUCCCUGAACUCAUGUGGUAACCUAGGUAUUUCAACAUGACACAAUCAGUCCAAAAUAAAUUAUAUGUUACUUACUUAUUCAUGUUAGUAGCUAAAUCUUUUUAAAGAAGCUUCAAAACAUCUACACGCAUUUGUAACCUUUUUUAAAUCCAGCAAAGAUUGACUGAGAGCAACGCUCUUUUGGAAGCAGCCCAGUACAUCCACAGUGAGUGGGCCAUUGAGCAGCUCAACCGUUUGAGGUUAAGGCUCUUGCUCAAGGGCUCCUCAGUGGUAAUGACAGAGGCGCGAGUGCCACUGUUUCACUUUCCCCACCCAGAUUUAUCCUGAUGGUUCAGGGAUCACAUCGGCAACCUUUUAGUCACAGGGCAGGCCCAACCUGUUCUAGACCAAAGACAUCCCAAAUCGUACCUCUAGAAAGCAUCUCUUUUCUUUGCUACUUGUACAUGGUCCUUUCUUCAUUGUUAACAACAAUGAAGAAGUGAUGAGGGGCAACGUUAAAUGGAUGUGAUGCAAUUUUUAGUUGCUUCUAAUUCUAAUUGUUUGCAUACUUGCAUCCCUUUGACUCGCACAUUUUAGUCUAGCCCAUUGUGUUCCAUCAGAGGUCAAAUUUAACCUUUUGAUUGCAUGUACAAUAUUGUCGCCUUUGUUUUCAACCUGAAAGACCAAGCGUUGCUUGUUCAUAGGCAGGGCAGGGUCCUGGUUAGUGUCAAGUAUUAUAUCAGAUUUUAUUCCAUCAGUGCUAAGUAGCAAGGACCUAGAUUUCUGAUUGUUAUCAUAUUGGAAACAUGACAUUAAAGUGUAACAUUGCUCACA